CUGGAAGCGGCCGCAACGCCAUGUUGGCGAAGUCUCUCAUCUCUGUGAGAAAAAAAAUGAUAGAAACCAAACGCGCCGAGAAGAAAAAACCGAGGCGGGGGGAUUGAAGAUCGAGGCGACUAUUUGUUUUUUGAAAGAAACGGGGAAACCGAGCCGGAUCCGCGGAGGUUCCGGGCGGACGAGGGAGGCUAAACCUCCCACCGUCCCCCCCAUGAAUAGCACCGCUGAUCCGAGCAGCGACUUUCCAUGAAAAAAAAAAAAAAAAACGGUUUGUGUUGCUAUUCCAGCGUCGUUAUCCCGGUUCGUUAAAGGGAUUUGGGGCCUGCUUCAAGAAUCUGCUCCGCUCGCCUGAUGCAUGCGAGCUAGGCGUUCGUUUGCAUCAGUAUUUAUUACGGUAUUUUUUUUUGUUUUGUGUUGAUUUUUGUGUUUUUUUGCAAUGAGUUUGCCACCGAAAGUGGUCCCCAAACCCGCCGCUGUCGCAGUUAGCGGACCUGGAAGUGGCCCCUCGCCGUCGAGCCAACUGCGGGCUACCCUGACCUCCGUGUCUCUGCCGCCGGGAGCCCAGACCGCUCCUCAGCCCGGCGCUCUGCCGCCGCCUCAAAUCCCACGGGUUCAGCCAACGCUGGACGACCGGAUCUUCCCCACACAGCCUGGAGUUGCUGCAGUCUACAGCAAUGCCACAGACAUCGCUGUUUUUUUGAGGCAGAGCGCCCAACUGAAGUUCAGUGCAGGAGAAGCGCACCAGUUUCCUCCGAAGAACAUUGUAACCUUUAUGAAGGUAUCCAGGCAUCCUGGCCCUCAGUACACUGCUCAUGACAUCACAAAGGGACACCCCAGCUUGGUGGGCACGCCGCCCGGUCACGCCCACUCCCCGGCGCUCUCUCAGGUAUCGCUACCCACAGCUUCCCCGUACCGCUACCCCAAGGGCUGGGAGACGGACAUCGGGUCUCCAUACAACCCAGGACAAAAUGCCGUUUCCGCCCCGCUACUGUAUUCUCCCCAGACACAGCCAAUGAAUGCACAGCCACAAAGUCGCCCGUUUGCUACGGGCCCUCGACCAACCCACCAUCAGGGAGGAUUCAGGCCCAUCCAGUUUUUCCAGAGGACCCAGAUGCAGACUGCGCGGCCCACCAUCCCCACCAACACGCCCUCCAUACGGCCCGGCUCCCAGAACCCCGCGGCGGCCGUCUACCCCACCAGCCAGCCCAUCAUGAUGGCCAUGGCCCCCAUGCCUUUCCCCUCCCCGCAGGCGGCGCAGUACUACAUCCCACAGUAUCGCCACAGUACGCCCUACGUGGGACCUCCUCAGCAGUAUUCUGUACAGCCUCCAGGGACCGGCACCUUCUAUCCGGGUCCGGGUCCAGGGGAGUACCCUGCUCCAUAUCAUCCCCUCAGGUACCACCCGCCUGUCUCACCCUCGGUCCCCGCUCCCGUCCCCACAGCCGGUCCACCCUACUACCCAGCGCAGACUGUGUACCCCCCCUCACCCCCCAUCAUAGUGCCUACACCACAGCAACCUCCACCAGCCAAGCGUGAGAAGAAAACAUCCUCCCAGAUCCGUAUCCGUGACCCCAAUCAGGGCGGCAGGGACAUCACAGAGGAGAUCAUGGCCGGGGGCUCAGGGAGCAGGAAUUCAACGCCUCCCGUCGGCCGCCCCUCCUCCACCCCGCCACCGCCACAGCAGCGGCCGAGCAGCAGCCAGACUCCGGAGCAGCAGUCGCAGCCUCCCCAGCCACAGCAGGCCCUUCCCGGAGAUUACGCGUUGGAGCUCCAACAGCCCCAACCGCCGCCACCGCAGCUCCAACAGCUCCAACAGCUCCAACAGCCACCGCAGCCGUCGCCCACCGGGGCUUCAGACACCAAACCAGGGCCAGAUGAUCCGCCAAAACUGGAGCCAGUCGCCCAGAAGUCUUCCUCACCUGGGCUCGUGCAGCCUGAAGCCCCCGCCGAGCGACUCGAGGCCAAAGCUCCGGUCCCGGAACCGUCUUCUACCGACGAACCAGAGCUUCCCAUCCCCGCUCCGGCGGCCGCCGCCCCCUCCGCUCUCCCUCUAUCGGCGGCCAACGACGGUGACCGUCCCUCAGCCAAGGAGCCCGCUGCUUCGGCCUCGUCUCCCUCCUCCGCGGUCGGGGAGCACAAGCCCUCUUUGGCGCCGGCGCCGCCUCCGACCCCCGACACGGACACGCCUCUCUCCGACGCUCCGCCUACUCCGGCUGCCUCGCCGGCGCCGGCUCCCGAGGCUUCGAACGGCCUCGCGGACUCCGGCACGGAGCCGGACGCCCCGGCUCACGAGCCUUCUCUUCCGCCUCCGGCUGCGCUCCAGCUCCAGGCCUCCGCCGCUCCCGCCUGCAGAGAGGCGGCGCCCUCUGAAACCUCGCCCUCCGACGGGAGGCCAGAGUUGCCCGUUGCUGCUGCUGCGCUCGCCCCUCUGACACCCGCGGCCGUGGUGCCAGUCACCGUGACCUCGAGCCCCGCCCCGGCUUUGCCAGUCGCGCUCCCCCCCGGGCUUCCGCCUCUGGUGCAGGCCACGACAGAGGCCGACGAGCCGAGCGAGUCCGUAGACACUCAAGACGUCGUGCCCCGAGUGGCCGUCGAGGCUCAUGGAGGCAACACUGACGGCAAGACGGAGUCCGAGCCUCUCGCCAGGAAGAGUCCCACUACAGUUAUUCAGACUGCUGCUGCUAUACCAAAGAGCUGGAGGAAACCAAACGAAGGGAUCUCUGUCGAAGAGGAACCCCAAAAGGAAGAUGAGGACGAGCCCCCCCGGCCAGUCGAGCCGCCCGCUGGAGACCAGGACCUGCAGUCGGCUCCUGGGAGCAGCAGCCCGGUGCCUCUACCGUCAGUCCCCGCCUCCACCCCCACCCCGGCCCCGGACCCGGCUGUCAGCCCCGAGGUGGACGAGAAGCCCGCCGCCGCCGCCGCCGCCGCCCCAGAAGAGAACGGCGAGGCCGAGAUGGAGCCCAUGAGGAACGGGGCGGAUCACACCUCCGAGACGGAGAGCAGCGACAGUGGCGUCGCCCCCGGGGAGAAGGAGAACUCCGCCCCGCUGGACACGGAAGACCUGGCCAAUCACAGUGGGAAGCGCCAGUACAACAGGGACUUCCUGUUGGGCUUCCAGUUCAUCCCCGCCUGCAUCCAGAAGCCGGAGGGUCUCCCGCCCAUCAGUGACGUGGUGCUGGACAAGAUCAACCAAAACAAGGUGGCACCUCGAGUGGUGGAGUCCAGGGUGAUUUCCAGAGGACCUGAUUUCACACCAGCUUUCGCAGAUUUUGGCAGACAGAUGACGGGAGGACGAGCCCCACCAGUCAUCAACCUCGGGGCUCGGCGGCCCCCGCCCAGGAAGAUCAUCAUGAACGUGUCGGUGAACGAAAUUCAGCUGAAGAAAUCGGAGAAUGCCUGGAAACCGGGCAUGAAGAGGCCGGAGGUCGUUGCAGAGGACCCUGUGGUGCAAGACACUCAGGAGCUCUUCAAGAAGGUGCGCAGCAUCCUGAACAAGCUGACGCCCCAGAAGUUCAACCAGCUGAUGAAGCAGGUGACGGACCUGACCAUCGACACCGAGGAGCGGCUCAAGGGGGUCAUCGACCUCGUCUUCGAGAAGGCCGUCGACGAGCCCAGCUUCUCCGCGGCCUACGGGAACAUGUGCCGCUGCCUCGCCACGCUCAAGGUGCCCAUGACGGACAAACCCAACACCACGGUGAACUUCCGCAAGAUGCUGCUGAACCGCUGCCAGAAGGAGUUUGAGAAAGACAAGGUGGACGACGUGGUGUUUGAGAGGAAGCAGAAGGAGCUGGACUCUGCUGCAUCGACGACGGAGCGCGAGCGGCUGCAGACGGAGCUGAGGGAAGCCAAGGACAAGGCGCGGCGGCGCUCCAUCGGCAACAUCCGGUUCAUCGGCGAGCUCUUCAAGCUCAAGAUGCUGACGGAGGCCAUCAUGCACGACUGCGUGGUCAAGCUGCUGAAGAACCACGACGAGGAGUCUCAGGAGUGCCUGUGCAGGCUGCUCACCACCAUCGGCAAGGACCUGGACUUUGAGAAGGCCAAGCCUCGGAUGGACCAGUAUUUCAAUCAGAUGGAAAAAAUUGUCAAGGAAAGGAAGACGUCCUCUCGGAUACGCUUCAUGUUGCAAGACAUUGUGGACCUCAGAUCGCACAACUGGGUGUCCAGGAGAGCCGACCAGGGCCCGAAAACCAUCGAGCAGAUCCACAAGGAGGCCAAGAUCGAAGAGCAGGAGGAGCAGAGGAAAGUGCAGCAGCAACUGUUCAACAAGGACAGCAAGAGACGGCCAGAUCCCAGAGAUCAGAGGGAACAGAGGGAACCGCGCGCGCCGAGAGAAGAGACCUGGAACACCGUGCCCAUGACGAAGAGCAGCAGGACCAUCGACCCCACCAAGAUCCCAAAGAUCUCCAAGCCUCAGAUGGACGAGAAGAUCCAGCUGGGCCCCCGGGCUCAGGUCACGUGGGUGAAGGGCAGCAGUGGAGGAGCCAAGGCCAGUGACUCGGAACUGUCGCGGACGGCCGGCCUCAACCGUUACUCCGCGCUGCAGUCGACGCCUUCUCCGCAGCCCUCCACCCCUCCUCCACAGAACCCCGACUCUGACUCCAGGAGAACUCUGGGGAGUCGUAGCAGCGCGUCGAGAGAACGCAGCGACGGCGAGCGGUCCGCCCCUCCGCCGUCGUCAUCGACGACGACGCGGCCCGGACCGUUCACCAGGCGGGGCAGCUCCAAGGAGCUGCUGGAGAAUCAAACCCCCGAGGAGCCGCAGAGGGACCGGGAGCGAGAGGGGGCGGAGCCCCGGAGGGCGAGCGUCACCGAGGACAAACCGGAGCCGGAGCGCAGACGAGCCAGGGAACCUGUGAAACCUGAGCCGGUGGUCCAGACCCCCGAAAGACCUCCGAUGCCUGAGGAGGAGGCGGAGAGGAAGUCCAAGUCCAUCAUCGACGAGUUCUUGCACAUAAACGACUACAAGGAGGCCGUUCAGUGUGUGAAGGAGCUCCACUUGGGCUCCCAGCUGCACAUCUUUGUGCGCGUCGGGGUGGAGUCGACCCUGGAGCGCAGCCAGAUCACACGGGACCACAUGGGCCAGCUCCUCUUCCAGCUGGCGCAGCAGGGCAUCCUGCCCAAACCUCAGUUCUACAAAGGGUUCACGGACAUGCUGGAGCAAGCGGACGACAUGGCCAUCGACAUUCCCCACAUCUGGCUGUACCUGGCCGAGCUGCUCAGCCCGGUGCUGAAGGACGGGGGCUUCUCUAUGAGAGAGCUCUUCAGUGAAUUAGGCAAACCUUUGCUUCCUGUGGGAAGAGCUGGGAUCUUAAUCUCUGAAAUACUGCACAUACUAUGCAAACAAAAGAGCCAUAGGACGGUGGGUUCUUUGUGGAGGGAAUCUGGCCUCAACUGGACCGACUUCCUGCCAGAGGAAGAGGACGUCCAGGCUUUCAUCUCGCAGCAGAAACUCCAGUUCGUUGAGUCGGACGGGUCCGGUUCUGAGGCGGCUCUGUCCAACAGGAUCUUGUCUCCUGAGGAGCUGAGUCAGCAGCUGGAGAAACUCCUCCUGGAGGACAUGGCCAGCGACGAGCAGAUCUUUGACUGGGUCGAGGCGACCCUGGAUGAAUCUCAGAUGAGCUCGUCUCCCUUCCUGAGGGCUUUGAUGAUGGCUGUGUGCAAGGCAGCAGUGAAGGACGAUACCACCAACUGUCGAGUGGACACGGCCAUCAUCCAGAGGAGAUUGCCCGUAUUACUCAAGUACCUUAACUCGGACACGGAGCGACAGCUGCAAGCACUUUAUGCACUUCAGGCGCUGAUCGUCGCCCUCGAUCAGCCUCCAAACCUUCUCCGGAUGUUCUUCGACUGUCUGUACGACGAGGACGUGAUCUCGGAGGACGCGUUCUACAAGUGGGAGGCGAGCAAAGACCCCGCGGAGCAGGAGGGCAAAGGCGUGGCGCUCAAGUCCGUCACGGCCUUCUUCACCUGGCUGCGGGAGGCGGAGGAGGAGUCGGAAGACAAUUGACGAGGGGGACCCGGCGUAGUAGAACUGCAUCCUCACGGCAGAACAGACAAACAUUCAGAAUGGGUGUGUGUGUGUGUGGGCACAACGACAUGUUUCACGGCUGGAAUUUUUUUCUGCGGUACGGUUCCCGAAACAUGCCGCCAUUUUGAGUUUGGAUUCCGACGGCGGAAGCACUAAAUACCUGUAUUAUACAUAGAAGAUAUUUUUGUUUUAAAUUUUAACUUACUUUUUUUUUUUUUUUUUACUUUUUAAGAAGAGACUUAAAAGAUACAUAGGUUCCGGACUCUUUAAUUUAUUAUUUUUUUAAGGACUGCAAAUAUGGAAGUUAUUUAACGUUUGCAGAUGCUCACAAAUGAGAACAACAGAAAUAACAAUAUAAAUAAUAAUUAUAAUAACAAAAUAAUAAUUGUGAAAUAAAAAAGCCUCCCUGGAUUCCACGCUGUUUGGUUUAAAACAGGUUCAAACAAAGUUAUUUUGGGAUGAAGGGGAAGCAGAGAUAAACACAAAAAAAGAGGAAUGGAUGCACAGAAACUAUUAACGUUGUCCGUGUAUGACGUUUUGAGGUCAAAGGUUAUCAAUAACCCGGAAGUGUUUCCCUCAGCCUUGGCUAGCUCUACGUUGAUAUGUCCAUACGCCUCGCGAGGGGCAGAGGGAUGCGUUGGAGAAAGCGAUGCAAGUCAGUCCACAGAACUGUCGAAACAAAUGCAGAUGAACAAACCGGAUACAUCGAAAUAAAACGAGCAAAAAAUGUAAACAUUAAAAAGCAAAUGGCCAGGGUCGCUGAAACGUGAAAAUGCUUGUAAUACUUCAGACCUACAGAGCAGAUUAAAGCUUGUAAAUACAUUAAAGACAAAAAAAGGUAUUUAAAAAUGCUCAUUGUCAUGAUUUGUUUGGUUGGUGUUUGAUGAGGGUUGCCAGAUUAGUUGUGUGUGUGCGUGUGUUCCUGGUUUUUGGGUAACGCCUUGGCAUCCUGAGAGGAGCAGCUGAAGUCACGAUGAGACAAUUAAAGCAUCAACAAACUUUA